UGGAAGGUUUAAUCAGAGCGUUAGCCUUGAGGGGGCGUUCGGAUAUAUAAACCGAGAGUCUCUCACACCUUGUAGACUACUUGAUAUUUCGGAGCGCGAAUCAGUAGUAGCUGGUUGGACCAUAGACCAAACAAGAUGCCAGAAGAAGUGCAGACAACAUCCCAAGACCAACAAAUGGAGGAUGAUGUGGAGACUUUUGCAUUCCAGGCUGAGAUUGCUCAGCUGAUGUCACUGAUCAUCAACACAUUUUAUUCCAAUAAAGAGAUCUUCCUAAGGGAAUUGAUAUCCAACUCCUCAGAUGCUUUGGACAAGAUCAGAUAUGAGAGUUUGACUGACCCAAGCAAGCUGGAUUCAGGAAAAGAACUGAAAAUUGAUCUCAUUCCAAACACACAAGAUCGUACUCUAACUUUAAUAGACACUGGUAUUGGUAUGACCAAAGCUGAUCUCAUUAACAAUCUGGGUACUAUCGCCAAGUCUGGAACAAAGGCAUUUAUGGAGGCUCUGCAGGCUGGAGCUGAUAUAUCCAUGAUUGGCCAGUUUGGUGUUGGUUUCUACUCUGCGUACCUUGUUGCCGAGAAGGUCACAGUGAUCACUAAACACAAUGAUGAUGAGCAAUAUGCUUGGGAGUCUUCUGCAGGUGGAUCAUUCACAGUCCGUGUUGAUAACAGUGAGCCAUUGGGUCGUGGCACAAAAGUAAUUCUUCAUUUGAAGGAGGACCAAUCUGAGUAUUUUGAGGAGAGAAGGAUUAAGGAAAUAGUAAAGAAACAUUCCCAGUUCAUUGGCUACCCCAUAACACUAUUUGUGGAAAAAGAACGUGAUAAAGAAGUCAGUGAUGAUGAAGCAGAGGAAGAAAAGGAAGAGAAGAAAGAGGAGGAAGAAAAGGAUACUACUGAAGAGAAACCAGAAAUAGAGGAUGUAGGCUCUGAUGAGGAAGAGGAUAAGAAAGAAGGGGAUAAAAAGAAGAAAAAGAAAAUCAAGGAGAAAUACAUUGACCAGGAAGAACUUAACAAAACAAAGCCUAUUUGGACAAGGAAUCCUGAUGACAUUACUAAUGAAGAGUAUGGAGAAUUUUACAAGAGCCUGACCAAUGACUGGGAAGACCAUUUAGCAGUCAAACACUUCUCUGUAGAAGGCCAGUUGGAGUUUAGAGCAUUGCUGUUUGUGCCAAGAAGAGCACCUUUUGAUCUGUUUGAGAAUAGGAAGAAGAAAAACAAUAUUAAGCUGUAUGUGCGCAGAGUAUUUAUAAUGGAUAAUUGUGAAGAGCUUAUCCCUGAAUAUCUAAACUUUAUAAGGGGUGUUGUUGACUCUGAGGAUCUUCCACUGAACAUUUCCAGAGAAAUGUUGCAACAGAGCAAAAUUCUUAAAGUCAUCAGAAAGAACCUGGUUAAGAAAUGUUUAGAGCUCUUUAUUGAACUAUCUGAAGACAAAGAGAAUUACAAGAAAUUAUACGAACAGUUUUCAAAGAACAUAAAGCUUGGCAUUCAUGAGGACUCUCAGAACCGCAACAAACUUUCAGAAUUGCUGAGAUACUAUACUUCUGCAUCUGGUGAUGAGAUGGUUUCAUUAAAAGAUUACUGCACUCGAAUGAAAGAGAACCAGAAACACAUCUAUUACAUAACAGGUGAAACAAAGGAACAGGUGGCUCACUCUGCAUUUGUAGAAAGGCUAAGGAAGGCAGGCCUGGAAGUUAUCUACAUGAUUGAACCAAUCGAUGAAUACUGUGUGCAACAGCUGAAAGAAUUUGAGGGUAAAACACUUGUUUCUGUGACCAAAGAAGGAUUAGAACUUCCUGAAGAUGAGGAAGAGAAAAAAAAGCAGGAAGAGAAGAAAUCAAAGUUUGAGAAUCUCUGCAAAAUCAUGAAAGACAUUCUGGAAAAGAAAGUUGAGAAGGUUGUAGUAUCCAACAGACUGGUGACAUCUCCUUGUUGUAUUGUGACCAGCACAUAUGGCUGGACGGCAAACAUGGAAAGAAUUAUGAAAGCACAAGCCCUAAGGGACAAUUCCACAAUGGGAUACAUGGCAGCAAAGAAACACUUGGAGAUCAACCCUGAUCAUUCCAUUAUUGAAACAUUAAGACAGAAAGCGGAUGCUGAUAAAAAUGACAAGUCUGUAAAGGAUCUUGUGAUACUUCUUUUCGAGACUGCCCUCCUGUCAUCUGGCUUCAGUUUGGAGGAUCCACAGACCCAUGCAAACCGCAUCUACAGAAUGAUCAAACUUGGUUUAGGAAUUGAUGAAGAUGAUGCAGCAACAGAAGAUCUUGCUCCUCCGGUCACUGAGGAGAUGCCACUGCUUGAGGGAGAGGAAGACUCCUCUAGAAUGGAAGAAGUUGACUAAGCUUUCAUUAACUUAAAAUUUAAGAACGUUCAGUCUAAUCUCCCUGGGGUUAGGUUUUUGUAAUAUGUUGUAAAAGAAAAUGCACUGUUUGCAUUCCAUGUAAAAAUAUUUAUUUUUUUUGACUGUUGUAUGUAUGUUUUUUGUUAAAUUAAAAUGUUUCUUUCAAAUAAAGAAAUUAAUAACUAAUGUUGUAGAUUAGUUUAAUGUGUAGACUAGUUAAUUUUUAUUUUUUUUCACUGACAAUUCAGUCUGUAGCCAGUCGUAUUGCACGCCCCCUUUGGGGGCAAGUAAAAAUGCCCCUGAUUUUGGACGCAAUAAGAUUGGCUACAGCCUGAAUCGUCUUUGAAGUAAGAAAUAAGGUAUCCGUUAUGGCAGAAUAUAUGAAAACAUGAAAGGGUAUUUUUAUUAAAAAAAUAAAGCUUUUACAAAGCC